CGAGAGCGCGCGAGGGGGGACUUUUCCAUUUCUCUCGCUUUUUGGGGAUUUUAACGCAUUUUUAUUAUUAUUCGAUCAGGCCAGAGAGGAGAGAAAAAAAAAACACGGGUUACUUUGGAGAAAGCACAAUGUCAGCGACCUUCCCCGGACUUGUCCACGACGCAGAGAUACGUCACGACGGAUCAAACAGCUACCGGCUCAUGCAGCUCGGUUGCCUGGAGUCCGUGGCCAACUCCUCGGUCGCAUACUCCUCCUCCUCCCCGCUCACCUACCCAGCGCCGGCGGGGACGGAGUUCGCCUCGCCCUACUUCUCGGCCAACCACCAGUACACGCCCCUCCACCACCAGUCCUUCCACUACGAGUUCCAGCACUCCCACCCAGCCGUGGCCCCGGAGGCCUACGGGCUGAACUCGCUGCACUCGGGCCAGUACUACCAGCAGAUCCACCACGGAGAGCCCGCCGACUUCAUCAACCUGCACAACGCGCGCUCGGCCCUCAAGUCCUCGUGCCUGGACGAGCAGCAGCGGCGCGAGCUGGGCUGCCUCGACGCUUACCGGCGCCAUGACCUGUCGCUGAUGACGUCACACGGCUCCCAGGCCUACGGCGUCGGUAUGCACCACCCGGACCAGAGGCUGCUGCCCGCCGCCGGCCUGGGCCUCCCUCCGCCCGCGGCAGACGACCUGCAGGGCUCCGUGGAAGCGCAGUGUGGGCUCGUGCUGAACGGACAAGGGGGCGUCAUCCGGAGAGGGGGGACAUGUGUGGUGAAUCCUACAGAUCUGUUCUGCUCGGUACCGGGCCGCCUGUCGCUGCUCAGCUCCACCUCCAAGUACAAAGUGACCAUCGCCGAGGUGAAAAGAAGACUGUCCCCGCCAGAGUGCCUCAACGCCUCCUUACUGGGCGGCAUAUUGCGCAGAGCGAAGUCUAAGAACGGAGGCCGGUGUCUUCGAGAGAAAUUAGACCGUCUAGGCCUCAACUUGCCGGCAGGACGGAGGAAAGCUGCCAACGUCACACUGCUCACCUCCCUGGUGGAAGGUGAGGCGCUCCACCUGGCGAGGGACUUUGGCUACACCUGUGAGACAGAGUUUCCCAGCAAGGCGGUGGGGGAGCAUUUGGCGAGGCAGCACAGUGAGCCGAAAGAAACCAGCGCACGCAAGAAAAUGGUUCUGGCUACAAAGCAAAUCUGUAAGGAGUUCCAGGACUUAUUGAGCCAAGAUCGCUCUCCUUUGGGCUCCUCCAGACCGACCCCCAUCCUGGACUUGGACAUCCAAAGACACCUCACACACUUCAGUCUGAUCACUCACGGGUUCGGCACGCCGGCGGUCUGCGCGGCUCUCAGCACCUUCCAGACGGUCCUGAGCGAGAUGCUCAACUACCUGGACAAAAACUCGAGCGGGAAAACAAGCGGGCCCACCGACCAACAGAUCAACAACAGCUCGGAAAAGACGCAGCUCCGGAAAACAGCCGAGCCCCAGAGCAAAGACGGGAAAACAGAAAAGACUGAGUAGCCCCCACCCACCCGGUCCCCGUGCCUUGGAGCGCUGCAUUUAGGAGUGUGUGUGUGUGUGUGUGUGUGUGUGUGUGUGUGUGUGUGUGUGUGUGUGUACUCAGACAGGAUUUGUCAAUUCCCACGCAUCACUGCGUCUAUAUUGGGACAUUUCAUAUUUAUUGUUAUUUAUUUAUCUUCUGUUGAAACGUAACACUAACCUGAAGUGUCCCAAACAAGACACCCUGAUGUGGGAGUGUGUGUGUGUGUUAAUGUGUGUGCGUGUGUGUGUGUGUGUGUGUCAUGACAAGGAGGAGCCUCGCCAUGGAGACGGCUGUGACUCAUCCAAGACUUUUAUUUCUUUAUUUAUUAAUUUUGAAAACAGGAAGUAAACAUGGACGUGCUGACAUCAAAGUUCUCCAGGACAGGGGUGGUUAACUGCCAACAUAACAUAUUAUAUACAUAUUAUACACGCACACACACACGCACACACACACGCACACACACACACACACGCACGCAUGCACGCACGCACACACACACGCACACACACACAUUAAGGGGUUUUUGGGUAAUUUGAUGUGAAUGAAUUUGAUUCAGGUUUGGAUUUUCUGCAGAAAUACAAAAGCUGAAACAUUUUUUUAUCCUCUGAAGCUUCAUUUUAUCUGUUUGUAUUAAAUUAUUUUGAAAAAUCUCUCAUACUAACUACAAAAGUUCCAGUUUUGCUUGAAUUCUCUGUCAAUUGAAUUGAAAUUAUUUACCUAACAAAAAGAAAACCCAAACCCAGACACAUGCACACACACACACACACACACACACACACUCUCUCACAAACACACACACAGUCUUUUUUGCAAACCCACCUGUACCUCUGAGAGCACUUGAACCACACCAUAUUUUUAUUUUUUAUUUCUACGCUCUACAAUCAGUGCCAUAGCAACCAGUGUGUUUACCAUGUGGACGACAGAGAAAAAGAGACUGUUUCUGGAUGUGAGACUGGUGUGACGCCACCGCCUGGGGUAGGAUACGCUUUGGUCUGUGUGUGUGUGUGUGUGUGUGUGUGUGAGUGUGAGUGAGAGAUAAAGAGAGUGACAGUGAGAGAGAGAGAGAGAGAGAAGGGUCCAACUCAGCCAUUUUGUAAAAGGUGACUUUGCGGUUGCCGUCGUUCCUCUUCCCUGUGCAUGUCUAUCUUUGUACACUCCCCAGAUCGCAAGUUUAGCCGACACGAGCUCUCUGACUCGCUCAUGAACAUUUGUAAAGAUAUAUAUAAAUAUUUAAAUUACUUUUCUUGUAGGCUUUAACUAUAUAUAUGUUAAAUCCCUACCUUCUAAAAUGCUGGUGUUCAAUAAAGACAGUUGCUACGUGUUC